AUGAGGGUUACACGCUCCGCUAGUAAGCAUGCCAAAGCGAUCGAACAACAUUCAGCAGUAAGUCCACAUUCAACCAACGACACCAAUAGCAUUCCUACCAACGCCAUCACCACCAAGUUUACCGUCUUUCCGAAACUCCCCCUUGAGAUCCGCCAAAUGAUCUGGGUUCUCAGCCUCGAGCCACGCAUCAUCGAGAUUUGCAUAGGCGACGCGUCUGAUUUCUACUCCAAGGCCAAGCUCCCAGCUGCACUUCAAGUCUCCAAAGAGUCGCGCGGCACUGUCAACAGUCAGUACAGCUUAUGCUUCGGCUCGACCAGUUACCCUGCCCAAACUCUGUUCAACUUUAACCUUGACACGCUCUACUUCGAUCGCAGCAAAGCUGAAUACGCCGGCUGGUUCUUUUGCUCUCUUCGAGAUUUUGAGCUUGCCAAUUUGCAAACCGUCGCCAUCGAUAUGUACAUUGAAGAAGUCGCCAGUACCUGGGGACUCCCUUUCAAUGCCAUGGACGAAAUCUGCAAGGUGUUACAAUUAAUGCCAAAGUUGACCACUCUACUUGCAGUAUAUGAGACCCAGCAUUAUAUGGAUAGGAAUAUGUGGUCGAUGGACAUGGCAAUGGACUUUGGUUGGAUGGAAAGCAAUCAAGAUACCAGUAUGAUUCAGUUCUAUGACGACGCACCUGCUGAGUUUGAUGCGUACAUCCGCCGCAACGAAAAGAACUAUUUCGGCUUCGAUAAUAUGAUCCCAGAAUGGCCCUUUUACGGUGACUAUGAUGACUUUCCGUUCUUUACUGUCUAUGGCAUGCGUCGAAGCACCAAGGAGCGGGUCAUUCAGAAAAACCUUGCUGAGACAAGCGAGGGCACCAAGACCUCGAGACCUACACGCCGUGGACGACAAAAGCGCGUCGCUUAA